AGGGGGGCCGAGGGGAGGUGUCGCAACCUCUCCCUCCCUCUUUCCCCGCCUUGGCACUCAGUCACCUUGCAGAUGAGCGCUCUCGCAGACAGCGGCGGGCGGCCGGGCGCCCGGCAUGUCCCCUGAGUGCGCGCAGACGACGGCCCCCGGCCCCUCGCGCACCCCGGACCCAAUCAAUCGCACCCACUUCCCUUUCUUCUCGGAUGUCAAGGGCGACCGCUGGCUGGUGCUGAGCGUCGUGGAGACCACCGUGCUGGGGCUCAUCUUCGUGGUGUCACUGCUGGGCAACGCGUGUGCCCUGGUGCUGGUGGCGCGCCGUCGGCGCCGCGGGGCGACAGCCAGCCUGGUGCUCAACCUCUUCUGCGCGGACCUGCUGUUCACCAGCGCCAUCCCUCUAGUGCUCGUCGUGCGCUGGACCGAGGCCUGGCUGCUGGGCCCCGUCGUCUGCCACCUGCUCUUCUACGUGAUGACCAUGAGCGGCAGCGUCACCAUCCUCACGCUGGCCGCGGUCAGCCUGGAGCGCAUGGUGUGCAUCGUGCGCCUGCAGCGCGGCUUGAGAGGCCCGGGGCGGCGGACGCAGGCCGCGCUGCUGGCUUUCAUCUGGGGUUACUCGGCGCUGGCAGCGCUGCCCCUCUGCAUCUUGUUCCGCGUGGUCCCGCAGCGCCUUCCCGGCGGGGGCCAGGAAAUCCCAAUUUGCACAUUGGAUUGGCCCAACCGCAUAGGAGAAAUCUUGUGGGAUGUGUUUUUCGUGACUUUCAACUUCCUGGUGCCAGGCCUGGUCAUCGUGAUCAGUUACUCCAAAAUUUUGCAGAUCACCAAAGCAUCGAGGAAGAGGCUCACGUUGAGCCUGGCGUACUCCGAGAGCCACCAGAUCCGAGUGUCCCAGCAGGACUACCGCCUCUUCCGCACCCUCUUCCUGCUUAUGGUUUCCUUCUUCAUCAUGUGGAGUCCCAUCAUCAUCACCAUCCUCCUCAUCUUGAUCCAGAACUUCCGGCAGGACCUAGUCAUCUGGCCAUUCGUUUUCUUCUGGGUAGUGGCCUUCACUUUUGCCAACUCCGCCCUAAACCCAAUUCUGUACAACAUGUCGCUGUUCAGGAACGAAUGGAGGAAGAUUUUUUGCUGCUUCUUUUUCCCAGAGAAAGGAGCCAUUUUCACAGACACAUCCGUCAGACGAAAUGACUUGUCUGUUAUUUCCAACUAACUAGUGAAGCACUGUGUGCAUGUAAAGGGAGUUAACUUCCGGGAAAGCCUACCAGUGCUUUAAGGAAAUCCAACUUCCAGCAGCACACACCUACAGGGCCAGAAAAUUAAGGAAUGAUCGCUCAGUAUAAAAAUAUUUUUUUCUUAAAAGAACUUUCUAUGGGUUCCUUUUGUGAACCUUUUUUUUAAGUGUGUUUGUAAUAUGAUUGAGUUAAUAAAUUUUUAUUUAUAACGGUUCCUACAUAUAGAGUUGAACCUUGUGGUCAUUGAAACAAACAGGGCUCAGAUUUCCAUGUAAAGGGGGUCAUGGCCAUGCUAAGUCCCCACCUUGGGCUCAUAAUGCUUUGAGAUCAUUUAUUCAUUCAUGUCAACAGUGCUUAAGGAAUUUCCAGGAAAUAAUCAGAAGUGACACUCCCCCUCCUUCCCCCCCCCAUGUAUUAAAAAUGAACUGGGGACAUGGCUCGAUGGUAUGCUUGCCUAGCAAGCAUGUGGCCCGAGGUUCAAUCUCCAAUAUAUAUAGAUAUAUAUAUAUAUAUCACUUGAUCACUUUAGUAGAAGGAGCACCAUAGAAUCAAAAAGGGGGGGAUGGACCCUGAUGCUAGAGAAGAUCAACAGUGUAUGCUUUAUCACUCCACCUAUCAAGCCUUUGAAACACCUGCCGUGGCUGCGCAAUGCUUUUGGUGCUAGGAAUCCAGAGGUAAUGCGGACAGCCUGGUUCUGUUCUCAGGGCGUCACCUUCUCAUGGGGUCAGGGGACCACAGAUGCUAAACAGAAGUCAAUGAACAAAGUAGCGCUCGGGAGUGAAUGAGCACGGUGGAGACAGUAGGAUAGGGCGCUGUGAGGGCGAUGGGUGUUUAUAUGGGAUAGGGAUGGGUUCAGGAACUGAGGAGCAGCAGUUGAAUUAAAAGGCAAAAGGUAAGAAAGAAGCACUUAUGUGGAUCCAGACGAAGAUCUUUGCCGGGAGAGGCUGUUGAGCUAUGUGGUCCAGGACCUGCGAACGGUUGACUGAGCCUUCUUUGUAUUUGAUACUAGGAGAGAGGGGUGCUCCCCUGGAGCCCAUCAAUGGAUGCCAAUGAAGUUCCAGGGCUAGGUCAGGGAGGGCCUGGCAGGCCAGCAUAAGAAGUUCACUCAGUGUUCCAUGGACUGGAGGUUUGCAACAGGAGACCUGAAGAAUGAGCACUUUUACUUUGGCUCCUCUGCAAGGCACAGGCUUGAAGAAGCAAGAAAAACAAAACAAAACAUGGAGACCAGGUGUGUGGCUUGCUUGAAGGAGAAAAGUUGAUGGGACCUUGAAGGUGCAUGGCAUUAGGGGAGGACUGUGUGAAAUAAUCUUGCAUUGUGCUCGGGAAAGUGCAACAGUUUACAUUAACAGGAUGCCUCCUGGACUUCAAGCCAGGCACUGGUUAGAUAGAGGAGCAGGCAACAAGACUAAGACAAAGGGAAGCAAAAUGGGGUUUCAUCUAGAGCAUAUUCUUGAAAUCCCAGUGAGGCAGCUGGAUAAAAAAAUAGGGAAUUGGGCCUGGUGAUACAGUCUUGUUGGGAAAUAACAGAUGAUGGUUAGAGACCCAUGGUUUUAUGAGGUAGUCUGGGAGAAGAUGAAGAAAGGAAAGAAACCUGAGCCCCAGCAUGUGUCAACACAUAGGUCUGAGGUAACAUUUAUGGUGACCAUGACAUUGAAGACAGAAUAACAAGGUGACUUUGUUCUUGUUUGAUUGAUAGGUUUGAUAUACUGAUGCUCUGUUCUGAAGGGCCAUGUAGUUAUCGUAUGGCUGUGGUAUUACAAUGAAGUGGAGGAGCCAGACUCCAUCAAUCAGCUUGUACUGUGAAGGUGAAAAACUGUUUUCUCAUGCAUGGCUACCUGUUUUCUCUGCCUUUGCUAGAGAACAAAACACACACGCAUUUGCUGUAAGCUCCAUACACUGGCUGGUUUUGUGUGUCAGCUUGACACAAGCUGGAGUCAUCAGAGAGGAAGGAGCCUCAGUUGAGGAAAUGCCUCCAUGAGAUCCAGCUGUAAGGCAUUUUCUCAAUUAGUGAUCAAUGGGGGGAGGGCCCAGCCCACUGUGGGUGGUGUCAUCCUUGGGCUUUUAGUCCUGGGUUCUAUAAAAAACUGAGCUGAGCAAGCUAUGGGAAGCAAGUCAGCAAGUAGCAUCCCUCCAGGACCUCUGCAUCAGCUCCUGCCUCCAGGUCCCAGACCUGCUUGAGUUUCUGUUCUGACUUCCUCCAAUGAUGGAUUAUGGCUCCGGAAAUGUAGGCCAAAUAAACCUUUUCUU